AUGACAGAGAACCCAAGAGGAAGAGGAAUCGAAGAGAGCUCUCUCUCUCUACUCGCUUCUGUGACGGAGGAAGAACUCUUCGUCGCUCAAAUCCUACUCGAUCUCCCAUAUAUGUUCGGAAUGCUUGAAUCUGUGACUGGCCCCAAAUGGGGAGGUAAGAAGAGGAGGAGAUCUAGAAUGCGAAACGCCCCAUCGUCUUCCCGUGCACCCUCGCCGCCGUCGCCGUCGAUUCGGAGGACCGAACUAGUCCAAGUUAGAGAGAAAAAUCAUCGACCUAAAACGGAGGAGGAGGAUAUCUCCGCCGCCGCCACCACCAGUCCGGUGACCCCACUCUCCUUCUCCUCCGGCGAAUCUGAUGAAAAAUCCAGGCGCCGCGCUCUGAAGAAAAUCUCCAAAACAAGGUCAAGAGAGGAGUAUGAUAAUAUGAUAGAAGAACUAACUCGGCAGAGGGAUGUGCUUAGAGUGGAGAUUAAGAAUGUGACUAAGCAUUACAAGAAAUUGAAUGCCUACAACUCCGAAUUGAAAGCAAUGAAGCAAGAGGCACUAAAUUAUUGCCCAAGUGAAGAAAACCCCAAACUGGUAAUAUACAGAGAGAAAAUGAAUCUUGAUACAGAAUCAACACAGCAUCGUCAUCGUCAAAGUAAAAUCGUGGCUAAUUCUAAGCCGUUCGUUUCGGAUCAGAUGGCUGAGAAAUUUGAACAAUCGAACGGCCCAAAUUCGGCCCAAUUAAACACAUCGCGUAAUGGGCUUGACUAUUUGGGGGGCCCGUUUAGGAUACCUGAUCUGAACAUCUCAGCGGAAGUGGCUUUUGGGGUGGAUGAAUCUCAGCCGUUGGAUGAGAGUGUGGGUGUUGCUGAUAGACGGGCGAGAUUUGCAGAGGCUAGGAGGAGGAGAAGGGGGAUUAUGAAGAUUAAACAUAUGAGGAGUGCUUGUGGUAUUAAAUUGCCAGAAACAAGAUAAUUUUUAAUUAAUUAUUAAUUAAUUAAUUCUAUUUUUCUUUUGCUUGUGGUUUUUUCAGUAGUUACAUGGGGUAGAGUUGGGGUCAUUUUUUAUUGAUUUUUUUUUUUUUUUUUGGCGAUUUAUUGAGAUUGAGAAUAUAUAUUGAUUUAGCAUCCUUUAAGAUGUAAAUCUCUAUAGAUAGAAAUGGUUAAUUGACACACGGUCACUUGCGAUUAAAUAAGAUUUAUGUUAUUAUUAC